UAAUAAUAUCGUCGUGUGAAAUGCUGAAUUUGUUAGAAGACGGGGACUGUAUCAUGAGCUUGGUAAUGGCCAAAUGCUCUGGUCUAUUCUACAUCAUCGAUCCGAAGAGCGUCAAACUCGGAGGCCAUAACGUUUUUCAUAUUGCAGUAAUGGUCAUGAUCGCGUAUACGGGAGUUAUAAUAUCAAUGUGUCCGUUCGGUCUUUACCACUGGUCAAAUGAUGUGAUACAGUUCAUUAUUCAAUCCAUCAUAUUCACCAACUUUCCGUUUGGGUGCUUUAAAGCUUUUACGGUUGUCCGCCACUCGGAUAACAUUCGACGAUUUCUGGACGUGACGCGCUUUGAUUUCUUGUCCAGCGCCAUAACGGAUCCCGAUUCAGCCCGUUUCUUUCGAAUGUCUCGCAACAUAUUGUUGAAAUUUACAGGUUUUUUGGCCUUAAGCUGUCAUUUCCUGCUUUUGUUGUGGACGCUGCUGCCGUUUUUCGUCGUCGGUAAAUCGGUUGAAAUAAAGAAUCGCGACGAAUCGAUCAGCAACUACCACUUAAGCGUGUACAAUAUGUAUUUUUUUGUGUCCAGCGAGACGUACAACGAAUGGCAUCUCAUCUUUCACCUAAUCGAAUGGAUACUUGGGAUAUGUUUUGUAAUAUUCAUGGUACUUUUCGAUACGUUCAUGAUCACGUCGUGUAUCGCAAUAACGUAUCAAAUGAAAUGCAUCGUUGCUGCUUAUAAAAGACUGGGGCACAAUCGUUGUACGACACCAAAGGUCUAUUUCAAUGGUGCAAUUGAAUCAGAUAGUACAAAUAAUGAAUAUUUAAAAGAUUUGAAAUUGAUUAUUAAGCAUCAUCAAAAAGUGUUGGGGAAAAUGAAUGAUUUUUAUAAGAUUGUUCGUCCAGUUAUUCUUCCUCAAUUAACUAUGGCUUCAUUUAUAAUCAUAUUUAUUUCAUUUAUGAUAACUUGGAUUUAUUUUAAUGGCAUGUUACUAACGUCAAUACAAUCGGUAAAAAUAUGGAGUUUUCCUAUAUUUUUCUUUCAAAUAUAUUAUACAUGUCUCGUAUUUGGCAAUCUAAAUAAUCAGAAAACCGUAAUGAACUUGGCUCUCUACUCCAGUAACUGGACACAUAUGGAUAUACAAUUUAAAAAGUCACUUUUAUUGGCAAUGAAAAUGCAUGAUGCCAACAAAUUAAACAUGAAAUUAACGGCUGAAUUGAUUAUCGACUUAGAACUAUUUUCUAGUGUGAUCAAUUUGUGUUAUUCAAUUUUUUCGGUUUUAGUCAAUUCUCAAUUGAAGAUAAAAGAUAAUUUAUAA